AAACAGCAUUUCCCAAUUUUGGACGGUGGCGCGGCCCUUGGGGCAUUUUUUUCGUGACUAUAAUUAUAAUCGCAAAUUACAAUUAUUUUUCGGCGAAUAAGUCGGCUAUUGCAUCUAUAAAAUACAGGCCCACGGUAUCAGGUAUCCUCAUCGACCUGUUUCUUCUUCUCCUUCUCGUUGAAGCUCCCACUCUUCUCCUUCCAAGAUGCAGAUCUUUGUGAAAACCCUGACUGGUAAAACCAUCACUCUCGAGGUCGAGAGUUCUGACACCAUUGACAAUGUGAAGGCCAAGAUCCAAGAUAAGGAAGGUAUCCCUCCUGAUCAGCAGCGUCUGAUCUUUGCUGGAAAGCAGCUUGAAGAUGGACGCACCCUCGCAGACUACAACAUCCAGAAGGAGUCUACCCUCCACCUGGUCCUCCGUCUGCGUGGUGGCAUGCAGAUCUUUGUCAAAACCCUGACUGGCAAGACCAUUACUCUUGAGGUUGAGAGUUCUGACACCAUUGAUAAUGUUAAGGCCAAGAUCCAAGACAAGGAAGGCAUUCCUCCUGAUCAGCAGCGUUUGAUCUUCGCUGGAAAGCAGCUUGAAGAUGGCCGUACCCUUGCAGACUACAACAUCCAGAAGGAGUCUACCCUCCACCUGGUCCUCCGUCUGCGUGGUGGCAUGCAGAUCUUUGUAAAAACCCUUACUGGCAAGACCAUCACUCUUGAAGUAGAGAGCUCUGACACCAUCGACAAUGUCAAGGCUAAGAUCCAGGACAAGGAAGGGAUCCCACCAGACCAACAAAGGCUCAUCUUUGCUGGCAAGCAGCUUGAGGAUGGACGCACCCUGGCUGAUUACAACAUCCAGAAGGAAUCCACUCUACACCUUGUGCUCCGUCUCCGUGGAGGCAUGCAGAUUUUUGUUAAGACCCUGACUGGAAAAACCAUCACCCUUGAGGUUGAGAGCUCAGACACAAUUGACAAUGUUAAAGCAAAAAUCCAGGACAAGGAAGGGAUCCCACCAGACCAGCAGCGUCUAAUCUUUGCUGGGAAGCAGCUUGAGGAUGGCAGGACCCUUGCUGAUUACAACAUCCAGAAGGAAUCAACCCUUCAUCUGGUGCUUAGGCUCCGUGGUGGUAUGCAGAUCUUCGUCAAGACCCUGACUGGCAAGACAAUUACACUGGAAGUCGAGAGUUCUGAUACCAUUGACAAUGUGAAGGCGAAGAUUCAAGACAAGGAGGGUAUUCCUCCAGAUCAGCAGAGGCUGAUAUUUGCAGGGAAGCAGUUGGAGGAUGGGAGGACUCUUGCAGAUUAUAACAUCCAGAAGGAGUCUACCCUCCACCUUGUGCUUCGACUCCGUGGUGGUCAUUUCUGAAUGAGUGUUGUUUGAGUCCUUAGCUAUGUUUCUAAGUUCUAUGGUUUGGUUGUCUGUUUGGUACUGUUAAAAUGACUUUACUUUAUCACUAUGUUCUAUGGUUUCCAAUGUUUCACAGUGUUUGAAGUCGAAUUAUCUGCAAUGGCCAAUAGGUCUGGUUUGAUGUUAAUAAAUAUAUCUUCAAUUA